UUCUUCACACUGACUGGGAUUCCAGGAAUGCCAGAAAAGGAUUUGUGGAUGGCCUUACCCCUCUGUCUUCUGUACAGCACCACGUUUCUGGGCAAUGUCACCAUCCUAAUUGUGAUCAAAGUUGAACAAAGUCUCCAUGAGCCCAUGUAUUAUUUUCUGGCCAUGUUAGCUGCCACUGACCUCAGCCUUUCACUGUCUUCUAUGCCCACCAUGGUCAGUGUUCACUGGUUCAGCUGGCGGUCAAUAACUUUUAAUGCCUGUAUCACCCAGAUGUUCUUCAUCCAUACCUUUGGGGGAGUGGAAUCAGGGGUUCUGGUGGCCAUGGCCUUUGAUCGUUUUGUGGCCAUCCGCUACCCUUUGCACUAUGCUACCAUUCUUACUCACGGUGUCAUUGGCAAAAUUGGAGCAGCCAUCCUGCUGCGGAGCAUGGGGGCUGUGCUCCCUGUGCCUUUCCUCAUCAAAAGGCUACCUUUCUGCCACUCUACUGUCCUCUCCCAUGCAUACUGCCUCCAUCAGGAUGCCAUGAGGCUUGCCUGUGCUGACACAAGUGUCAAUAGUAUCUAUGGCCUGCUGGCGGUGAUCUUCAUUAUUGUAUUUGAUGCCUUGAUCCUUUUAGUCUCCUACAUUCUAAUCCUCCAGGCAGUAUUGGGCAUUGCUUCCCGGGAAGAGAGGGUCAAGGCUAUCAACACCUGUCUCUCUCAUAUCUGUGCAGUGCUGCUUUUCUAUGUGCCUCUCAUUGGCAUGACCUUGAUUCAUCGAUAUGGGAAGCAUCUGUCACCAGUAACACACACAUUCAUGGCCAAUGUCUACCUGCUGCUCCCUCCUGUGCUCAAUCCCAUUGUGUACAGUGUUAGGACCAAACAGAUUCGACGGCGCAUCAUCCAGAUGUUCUGUGGGGGCAGGGUUGGCCCUUAA